AUGAAUAUGAGUAAUAAGAAUAAUAUAUCAGUACAACAGUUAGAGAAUGAUAAAAAACUGUUACUGGAAUAUAUAUUCGAAAUGAAUUCACAAAUUUUGAAAUAUUCAAAAUAUUCAAUUAUAAAUGAUAGUAACUUUCUUUCAUUAAAUGUUGAAGAGUUAAUUCAAUUUUUGAAAAAAUCAUCACCUCAACAACCACCACCAACACACCCACCAACACAACACCCACCAUUACCAGUAAUCCCUAAUAAAAGUAUAACACCACCACAACCAAAUUCUACAUCACCCUCCACUAAUAAUAGUAAUAUAUUAUCACCAACGACAACAAUAACAACAGCAACAACAACAUCUAUCACCAAUAAUAACAGUUUAUAUAAUGAUAAUAAUAAACAACAUUUAAUAAAAAGCCCACAAUCAACACAUUCAUCCAAUAGUAGUACAAGUAGUAAUAGUAGUUUAAAUAAUAAUAAUAUUAAUAGUUAUAAUAAUAGUAGUAAUGAUCAAAUUAAAAGAUUAUUACCAGAUAAUUAUGGUAUUUUAUCAAAAGAUCAAUUUCAUUUUGCAAGUUAUGAAACCUAUUUAUUAAUUUGUCAUUUUGGUAGAUCAAAUGAUAUAGUUGAUUUAGAGAAAGAAGAGACAUUUAGAAUUCAAAAUGAAAUUUCAAAAGUUAAACAUGAUGGUUUUAUUAAAGCAUUAUCACCACCACCACCAUCAUCAUCAGUAAAUAAUAAUAGUUCUAAUAAACCACCACCAUUCAGUUCAAUUUUAUAUAGGUUAUGGUUAUUAAAAAAUUUUAAUUUUAAUUUAUUCGAUACUCAAGAAUCAUUAUUAAUUUGGUUAAAAAGACAAUUGUAUAUAGUUUUGGCAAGUUUUUCAAAUUUAAUUAAAUAUAAUGAUCCAUAUGAUGAAAAAGAUAAUUCAACCAUUAAUCAAUUAAAAUUACUUUGUUAUAAUUUAGAGAUUUCAUUUCAACAAGAUCCCCCACCACAAUCGAAUCAAGAUACGAUUUAUUUAACACCAUUUAAUAAUUUAGAUUAUUUUAUUGGUAAUUUAAUUAUUAAAUCACCAAUUAUUAAUAAUAAUAAUAAUAAUAAUAAUAAUAAUAAUAAUAAUAAUAAUAAUAAUAAUAAUAAUAAUAAUAGUAAUAAUAAUAAUAAUAAUAAUAAUAAUAAUUCACCAUCUCAACAAAAUAAUUUAAAUCAAGCAAUUCAAGCUACAAAAUAUCAAAUUGAUAAAAUUAUACCAUAUCAAUUUCCAUUAAAUACAAAUUUAUUUGAAGAUUUAUUAUUUUAUAGUUUAUUUGAAUUUGAUGAUGACAGUGGUUCAAUAAAGUUUAUUGGUGAUGAACAUUUUAGAGUUUCAACAAAUUUAAAACCAUUUUCAGUUGCAUUGAAAAUUACACCAACAAUGGAGAUGAUUUGUCAAUUGAAUUGUUUCAUAUUGGCAUAUAAUGCUGAACCAAAUGAAAGACAUUUGAGACGUUUACAAUUAUCAUUAAAUGCAAUUCAAAAUUUAAUUGAACAUUCUUUAUCAUUAAUUCAAGAUCCAAAUACAAGUGCUGGUCCAUUAUUAAAGGCAACUUUGAAAAGUAUUGCUCAAUGGCUAGUUAAAUUCUUAAGUGAUGUACAUAGUUAUAGAGGUACAACAUCAUCUCCAACAAAGGAUAUUCAUUUAUGUUGUUCAAUUUAUGUUCAGUCAAGAGAGAUGUGGAAUUAUUUAUCAACUUCGUCAUCGUUGUCAUCAUCGUCAUCGAGAAAUUCAAUACAAUUAAAAACAAGUGAAAGUUCAUUUAUAUCAUUUAUAACAUCAUCAGUAUCAAAACAUUAUCAAAGAAUUUCAGAACAAUUUAAACCAUUAACUUUAGAGAAUUUCUCUGAAUUUGUUGAAAGUUUAAUACCAGAGAUUAAAUUGAAUUUAGAUGUUUAUACAAGUGGUUUUAAAGAGUUUAAUAGUAAAUCUAAAAUGUUGGCAUUGACAGAGGUGGUUAAUCUUUAUUCAGCAGAUUUGAAAUUAGUAUUUGCCGAUGUUUAUUUCCUAUCACCAAUGUUAAUUCAAUCGGUUCAAUCAGCAUCAAACUUUCAAAUUAUGUUGGAGAAAUUUGAUUUAAUUCCAAAAGAUUCAUUACCACCCGUUAAAACUUAUGUUUCAUCAGUCAUUGGUACAUGGUGUCAAAAUCAAGAAAAAGAUUUCACAAAAUGGUUCGAAAAUAUAUUUAAACUUGAUAAAUUCACACCAUUGGAUAAGGAUGUUAAACAUUCAUCAUCGGUUGUUGACAUGUUUACUAUGUUUUAUCAAACUAUAUCAACAUUGGCUAAAAUGAAAGGUUCAUUAUCUGAUAAUUUCCCUGCAUUCAUUUUAACACUAUCCGCUUUGUUUAAUGCAAAUUGUCUUUUAACUUAUAAUACACAAAUUGAACAAAUGACAAUGUGUAAUCAAUCAAAACAUACAACAUUGUACCCUAGCUCUUUGAAUGAGAAAAUUCAAAAUAAAGGUAAAAUUAGAAAAAGUAUUUCAACAUCUUCAAAUCAAAUCUCUUCACAAUUACAAUCUUCAUUAACAAUGUCAAAAGCAAUACCUGACCCAAAUCAAACGGUAAUUCAAACAAAACUUCAAACAAUGACACUUCAAAAACUAUGUAUUUGCGUUAAUAAUUUAGACUAUAUUCUAUUGAAUAUUAAUACCUAUAUCAAUGAACAUUCAUUCAAUAAUGAAACAUUAAGAGGCAAGUUAAAGGAACUCUUUUCUUCAACUCAAAUUACAAUCGCUGAUACAUUGAAAUCUUUGGUCGAUUUCAUUGGUACUCGUGUGGUAUUCUAUGAUUGUAAACAAUCAAUCGUUGAAUCAAUCUAUUCAUCACCACCAUUGAAUACAAAUGAUAGAAUAUCCGAUAUAUUAGAAUCAUUAAGUCCACAUUUGAAAACCAUUUACAAUAGUACUCAGUCAUUGGAGAGAGGUAAUGAUAUUUUAGCUUCAGUUAGUAGAUCAUUUUUACAAGCAAUGGAAUUCGCCAUACUCUAUGGUGGUCCAACAAGAUAUUUUCAACCAAAAGAUGCUGAAUUAAUCGAAUAUGAUUUGGAAUUGGCAAAGGAUUUCUUUUUAGAUCGUGAUGAUAAUGGUGUUGCCACUGCUGUAUCCGAUGAAUUGUUUGAAAGUUAUGUUGCUAAUCUAAGAAAGGUCGUACAAUUAUUAAUGGAUUUAUCAUCAGAUAUUCUAAUUGAACAAUAUGAUAAUACAAACAAAGGUAAAUCAUCACAAUUCUCAAAAGAAAUAAUCCUUUGUGUUUUGGUUCAUAGAAAUGAUAAACCUUCUAGAUCUUUUAUUAAAAAGAAACUAAAUGAUCCUCAUUACUUGUCAAUUAAAAAAAAUUCAAAAAUUAAUUUUUUAACAUAA